AUGGCAUCUUGGCGCAACGAAUACAUUCAGGCCCUCCAUGAAAGAGACCGACGGGAAAAGGCUAGCUAUCAGCAGGUAGACGACCAGCUUAUUGAGGCCUUUACGCAGCUACUCGACCGCACAACAGCGCUUGAGGCAGAAAAAGCCUCCAGAGAACCCCAUGCCCAAGACUCCAAACCUCGAGAGCCUAGCACCACCACACCAACCGAAGGGACAUCCCAGAUCCGGAGUGACCUAGCAGAGGCCCUGCGCUCCAACGGGCAACUCCAAUCACGUAUAAAAGGAGCAGAGGCCGAGGUGGCCAAACUACGAGCCAAGAGUAAAUCGGACGGCAAGCUUAUCGACGAACUUUCUAGGGAACGGGGUAGUCUGGCGCAGAAACUCAAGGAUAAGGAAGAGGAGUUGAGAGGCAAGGCCAAAUUGCUAAGUGAUGUCCAGGAUGAGGUUAUCUCGCUCGACAUGGAACUCAACCUGUCGGGACAGGCGACUACGAAGCUGAAAGCUGAGAACAAGGAACUCAUCGAUCGAUGGAUGGUUUAUAAGAGCAGGGAAGUGGAAGCGAUGAAUAGCACGCUCCAUUAG